UCUCUGUUAUUACACUUCGAUUCACAUCGAUUGAGAUAAAAGAAACUGUAAUUAUUAAUUUUCAGUUAUUUGCCGCUGAUAUUCCGAAAAGUUCGCAACGAAAUCGCAUUACGGUCGGUGUCGAUGAAGUAUCGGGCAGCAAGUGAGAAUAUUUCGAGGCGCUGCAACACGAACGAGCUUCCUGCUGUUGGCGUGAAAGCCUACCGAAAACUAUAAACCGGAAACGGAACUCAAUCGCACACAAAUAAGCGGCGAUUUAAGUUAAUUCAGACUAAAACCAGAAAAGAAAACAAAAACUAAAUUUGUGUCCAAUCUUCAAUGAAAGUGAAAGCACACAUACGAAACAGUCUGUGAUGAAAGUGUUUAAAUUUUAAGUGUGAAAAGGCAGUAAAGCACAACAAACUAUCUUGGCCAUUGUGAAUGCCAUACGAAUGUGUGUUGACAGUGUCGCUAGUUCUAUUUAAGGUUUUUAAUUUUGACAAAAAAUAAAAAACGAAAACAAAUUUGUGUCUAAAAGUGAAGAUGGCUGAUCACACGCCAAAAGCCAACCUUGAUUCUGAAGGUGGCCUCACCAUUCCCACCAUUUCGGCGAGCUUGUCCCACACGCAUACGCCGCCACAGCAAAACGGACAUCCGCCAAUUGCCAACAACAAUUGUGCGUCGCCCAAUACGCUAAGCGACAGUUAUCACCUGAACAGCGACAGUGGCAAUGUUGUCGGCCGCAAAAACUCCCGCCUUUCGCUGCGUGGUUUCGGCCAUUUUUUGCGUAAAAAUUCGCGUCAAGAAGAUGAUCGUAAAUACAGUUUGGCGCAGUUAACGACGGAAGCGCUGCCGAGAUUAGAUAAUUACAGAAUAUCAAAGCGUAAUAUGAAGAGGCCAUCGAUUGGCGAACUGCAUGGCGAGCUGCAAGAACAGAGCAUCCAAAUGCCCGAUCUGCCACCCGAAAGCAACAGCCACUCAAUCAAACUGGGCUGGAUAAAUGGCGUCGUCAUACCGUGUCUACUUAACAUUUGGGGUGUCAUGUUAUUCUUGCGCCUUAGCUGGGUAGUCGCUGAGUCUGGCAUAUUGCAGUCACUCAUUAUAAUCGGUAUUUCGGCUGUAGUUUGCGUGAUCACCACACUUUCACUAUCUGCGAUCAGCACGAAUGGUGAGGUGAAGGGAGGCGGCGUAUAUUUCAUAAUUUCACGCUCGCUGGGCCCAGAGUUCGGCGCUUCUGUUGGUGUGGUCUUUGCAUUUGCCAAUGCCGUUGCCGCAUCCAUGAAUACAAUCGGCUUCUGCGACUCGCUAAACGAUUUGUUGAAAAAUCACGGCUUGAAGAUCAUCGAUGGCGGGAUUAAUGAUGUACGCAUUGUUGGCGUAUGCACCAUAGUGGUGUUGAUACUCAUUUGCUGCGUUGGCAUGGAAUGGGAGUCGAAGGCGCAAAAUUUCCUUAUCGUCACUAUAGUUUUGGCUAUUUUUAAUUUCUUAAUUGGCUCAGCGAUUGGACCACGUGGGAAUGAGGAAGCUAUAGCAAAAGGUUUCGUCGGUUUCUCAUGGAGCAAUUUUAAGGAAAACUUUGGCGGUGACUACCGCUUUUCGGAAGGCGUUAAUCAAGACUUUUUUAGUGUAUUCGCAAUCUAUUUUCCCAGUGUGACAGGCAUACAAGCUGGUGCGAACAUUUGCGGUGACUUAAAGGAUCCUGGUGCGGCUAUACCCAAAGGAACAUUUUGGGCGCUCAUGAUUUCCAUGUUUUCAUAUGCUGUGUUCGUAUUGUUCGCGGGCGGGGCAGCUGCGCGUGAUGCUUCUGGCAAUGUUGCAGACUUAAUUAACGGUACAUUGAUCAGUUCGGAGUUGCCGUGCAAGGUGAACUUGACCUGCAACUACGGCCUCCACAAUUCCUACUCCGUUAUGCAAUUGAUGUCUGUGUGGGGUCCUCUCAUCUAUGCCGGCUGUUUCGCUGCCACACUAAGUACUGCACUCACUAACAUCCUUUCAGUACCACGUCUUGUACAAGCUUUGGGCAUUGAUCGCAUUUACCCCGGGCUGAUUUUCUUCUCCAAACCCUAUGGUAAGCAUGGUGAACCCUAUCGCGGCUACGUGCUGACCUUCAUCAUAUCGGCUGGAUUCUUACUGAUUGGUGAACUGAACGUUAUUGCGCCACUCAUUUCCAAUUUCUAUUUGGCUUCCUAUGCCCUAAUCAAUUUCUGUACGUUCCAUGCGUCGUUCGUGAAACCGCUCGGCUGGCGUCCAACAUUUAAGUAUUACAACACAUGGUUAAGUUUAUUCGGCUUUAUACUUUGCAUAGCCAUUAUGUUUUUGAUCGAUUGGAUAUCAUCGCUCAUCACAUUGGUCAUAAUAUUUGCUCUCUAUCUGAUCGUUAUGUAUCGGAAGCCAGAAGCUAACUGGGGCUCCUCAACACAAGAGCAACAGUAUAAGGCCACACUUACUGCGGUGCACCGGCUGCAAAAUGUUUCCGAUCAUGUCAAGAACUACCAUCCGCAAAUUUUGGUGCUCAGCGGUGAUCCAAGCAGUCGCCCACCACUAAUAGAUUUCGGCAAUAUGCUGACCAGACACAAUUCGCUUAUGUUCAUAGGAAAUGUUGUACCGAUGAGUAUGGGUUAUAAGAACCGCUUGAGUAUCAUAAAGGAUGGUCAGAAGUAUUUAGACGCACGCAAAAUUAAGGCUUUCUACAAUGUUAUUGAUGGUUUAUCCAUGGAGGAGGGUGUCAAUGCACUCUUAAAAUCGACCGGCUUCGGCAAAUUGACGCCCAACAUUGUAUUGAUGGGCUAUAAAACCGACUGGGCUCAGUGCAGGCGACAAUGUGUGGAGAGCUAUUUCAAUAUUUUGUACAAUGCUUUUUCGCAACGCAUGGGUGUCGUCAUCCUACGUCUACCGAAUGGUUUGGAAUUUUCCGAACUCAAUCCGGAAAUUCCGAGCAAUGGUAGACAUGUACACAACGCAAACGAAUUAGGUUACACUAAUGCGCUAGUGCCAAGUGCGAAUGCUGCUUCAGAGUUGCUGCAUGUGGACUCUAAUUUGAAUCUGGCAGGCAUUGAUAGCACCAAUUCAUCGUUUAUGGUUUCGCAUACGCCAUCGAUGCCCAAUAUGACAAGUUCCCGUAAAUAUACCGUAAGUCAAGGUGACGGUAUAAAAUACCUAACGAAAAGUGGUUCCGAAGUGCCAAAGGAUGUGCUCGACGCAGUGACGGUAUUCCUACGCAAACAACCUAAGGGUACAGUUGACGUUUUCUGGCUUUAUGAUGACGGCGGUUUGACCAUGUUACUGCCAUAUAUACUUUCACUGCGUUCAAAUUACCAAAAUUGUAAGCUGCGCGUAUUCGCGUUGAGUCAUGGAAAAGAUGAGGAAAUGGAGGAGAAAAACAUGGCCAAUUUGUUAAAGAAGUUCCGUAUUAAAUUUUCCGAGCUUAUAAUGCUCAAGGGUCUGUCUACGAAACCGCGCGUGGAUACGCUGUUUAAGCACAGACAACUUAUACAAAACUAUUGCCACAAUUCUGCCAAUGAGAUGCGUCAUCUCGAAGAAGAGCUUCACUCAUUGGAAGAGAAGACGCACCGCCAGCUGCGCAUUCACGAGCUUGUUGUAGAACACUCAUCGCAGGCGACACUCGUUGUUAUGUCUCUGCCAAUGCCGCGAAGAGAAGCAAUUUCGGCGGCGCUGUAUAUGUCUUGGUUGGAGAUGCUUACAGCCGAUAUUAAUUGCCCCGUAGUCCUGGCGCGUGGUAAUCAAACGCCAGUUUUAACCUUCUACUCGUAGUUGCAGGGAGCGGUAUACACAACA